AUGCACCAGGCUGGCAGAGUGAGGUUCUUCCUGAAGUUCUUCCUCAAGUGCAACCAGAACUGCCUGAAGAACGCCGGCAACCCCCGAGACAUGAGGAGGUUCCAGGUGGUGGUGUCCACGACGGUGAAUGUGGACGGCCAUGUCCUCGCCGUCUCAGACAACAUGUUUGUACACAACAACUCCAAACAUGGCCGCCGCGCCCGGAGACUGGACCCCUCUGAAGCAGCCACUCCCUGCAUCAAAGCCAUCAGUCCCAGUGAGGGCUGGACCACAGGGGGCGCCACCGUCAUCAUCAUCGGAGACAACUUCUUUGAUGGGCUGCAGGUCGUCUUCGGAACCAUGCUGGUGUGGAGCGAGCUGAUCACCCCUCAUGCCAUCCGGGUGCAGACCCCCCCUCGCCACAUCCCGGGGGUCGUGGAGGUCACGCUGUCCUACAAGUCCAAACAGUUCUGUAAGGGAGCACCGGGCCGCUUCGUCUACACAGCAUUAAAUGAACCAACAAUAGAUUAUGGUUUCCAGAGGUUACAAAAGGUCAUCCCUCGUCACCCCGGCGACCCGGAGAGACUCCCAAAG